UCUCUUCUCCUGGCGGUCUCUGCGCGUACCCGGUGCUGUGCGCCCGUAAUUUGCGUUCUGCGGCCGCAGUGAGCUUAACUCGCCCAUUUAUAGUGUCCGCCCACGCAACGCAUCAAGCGGGAGACCUGGAAAGAAGCGUUGCGACCCUUCUUGCAGCCAUCUGCGUGUGCCCGCGCGGUCAUCGGAAUAUGUGUCGUCCUCUUCGCCCGGAUUGUGCACCGCGCGGGAUUUGACGAGCAGUUUUUGGGUGUGCGGCGCCGCUUAUCUCGUGUGACAACACCCGCGCCCACCGUGCUUGUUUGAGUGCAUCGUCGUCUCCCGCGCGCUUCGCUGUCUGUGGAUUGCCCGCGAUGUGGGUUCUCGGAGAAAAGGCCUAGCUGCGCGCAGUGCCAUGAGAGGCGAGCGCUGUUGCGGCAACGCAGUGGAGAAGAAGCCGGCGGCGCGGCUUGCGCCGAAUGCCAGGCUGCUGGCGUCGGCGAACGACAACGCCGGCUUGACGUCGGCGGUUGGCACCGGUUUCGUGGGAAGAGCAGGCGCCCUGUCAGGCAUGAUGGAGGCGGCCCUGGCUCAGCAGCAGCAGCAGUACGACCUGUCGCAACUGAACUACACAAACAACAACAGCAGCAGCCUUGGGGCGCUAAGGCGGCCACAAAAGGAUGCACCUGCUAGCACCACUUCCUCAUGCACGGACUCUGUGCUGCUGCAGGAUGGGGGAGAUGAGCUGCAGUGGUGCGCCGACUACCCUUUCAACAGGGAAUUCCAGAGGCAUCUAUGCUCCUCAUCGCUCACGUCAUCGGGUCGGCUAAUGCGUCGCAGCAUCUUGUCAGUGUCCGGGGAUGCCUGCGUGAUAGGCAGUGAUGAUGGCGGAGGCCUUGGUGGUGUGGAUCUCUCAUACGAGGACCUGUCUAAGAACUUUGAUGCCAACCUGGCGGAAAUCGACAUGGAGACCUUUCGGUCGGAGGACAUUCAUGCCAUCCUCACGCUUCCUGCCUUGUAUGGAGGGGACUUCCAGUCGGCCAGCCGGGGGGAGCAGUGCGCCUCGGUGUCUGGCUCAUUUCUGGAAGCUCUGCCACUAGAUGCCUCUUCAGUGCAUGCAAAAACAGAGAGCAGCUCGGGACAUGAGGAAGAUUCUGGUGAGAUGUCCAUCUGCCGGGACGAGCCACUCUUCUCGCCCGUCAAGGAGUGUGGACCCCCGCUGACGGGAGGGCGGGUUGGUGCUGGCAACGGGGGUGCCCUCUCCACGGACAGCCUGGACUGCAGCUCGUUUGAGGAGCAUGAUCUUGUGCUGACGUGCCAGGCCAACAAGGACAACUACACGAUAGCCUUCCAGCAGAGUGGAACACACUUCUCGGACGACCUAUCGGAAGGCAGCGUGCCCUCGGACCAGCAGAGCCACCACAGCAGCAGUGCUGCGAGUGCUGCGCCAGCGAGCGGUGGUCCUGGGUCCAUGGCGCGGUCCGAGCUGUCCUUCACCACCUGGCACAGGCUAAGGUCGUCGGGUGUCCGGCUCAAGCCGGAUUCGGAUGCAGGGAAAAGCCAGAGCCUCCCCAACCUUCUUCGACGGUCGGCAGCCGUGGCGGGACGCAUGGACGUGGCCGGCAGCUGCCUGCCGCUUUACACGCUGCAGGCAUCCACAAAUGGUGCAGUUGAUCCACCUGACGCCCGGUCCGUGUCCCUGCUGCGCCUCUUCAUGCGAAGCAAAGCUGGCAGUGGAGGUUCUCUCUCCAGCAGCCAUUCCGAGAACUCGGACUCUGUGACCACGCCCCGAGAUGGUGCCACCGCCUACCAACUGCAAUCAUCCAGUGAGGACUCCAGCGGGUCUAUGGAUUCCAAAAGCGACAGCAGUGAAGACCCGCCGCCGCCGCCAAAGCCUGUGGAGCCGCUGGUGCGGAAAGUGCUGCGGGCCAGCACAAACCUCGUGGGCAGGGAGGCCAACAACAACAAUGUGGAACCGACGGCUGCCAACGACAACGAACGGCUGAGGAUGGCCACGUCCGAGAGCGAGGAGGAGACGUCGCAGUGCUUCGAGGAUAGCCUUGUGGAAGCGGCACAGGCACGCAUGAAGCCUGCCAACGCAAGGAGCCCGAUCCACGAGGAAGAGGAACCGUUUGAGUCCAGCGGAGAUGAAACAAUGAAGGACAGCCGCGACCUGCUGAGCAGUGGCGGAGGCACAUCUUCCGACAAUGCAGGCGUCGUUGAGCGGCGUAACAACGACGUGAAUUCUUCAUUGCGUUGCACCAAAGGUGGUGCUUUGCUCGGCGGUCCCCUGGGAAAGGAAAGGAUAAAGAAUGUCUUCAAGACAUGCAACAAGAACAGCAAUGCCAUGGCCGCUGAGUCAGAUGAUCGGCAGUCCAGCCGCAGCACGCAGACGAAGCGCUUCAACUGCAAUGAUGGCUCAGGAUCGAGUUCUACGAGGAAGGUGUCGGACAGUAGCGGAAGCGGCGAGGAAGGCCGAAACGCACGCUCUUCGAGUCUCCUCUCAAGUGGCUAUGUGAGCCGACAGAACUCUGUGGACCAGAUCCACCGGCAGACAUUCCUCCUGAGUGCCGGUGGGAACAGGAGAAAACAGCCGCCUACGGCAAUAGCUCGAAUGAGGCACUCGAGCACGCAGGUGCCGGUGCACAUUCGGGACCGUGGCAUUCAGACCAGCGUGGAGGGUGCUGUGGCAGAGAACUCAAACUGGCUGUACACAGUCGACGAUACGUCGGCAAUGUCAGGACAGCGAAGCUUCAACUUGACAUUACGCCCCCAAGAAGCUGGCUCAAAGCAGGAGGUGGAGCCAAAGCGAUCUAUUUAUGUCUGCUACCCAAAUUACUCCCUUCCGGAUCUUAGUUUUCUGAAGGAGCUGGCCGCCGCCGAGGACAAGCCUGACCUGGUUCUACGUCCCACACAGCACAAAAUGCCACAGCCUGGUGUGUCGGAAGCAGUCGCCGAUGGGGCUGUGGCGUCUGCACAAGUGCCACCCAACGAGUCGCCUGUGCACAGGCGAACCCACAGCAGCGAACCGCACUGGCGGCGACCCAAGUCGUGCAACGACUUCGAGGACCUCUCCCGGCGCAACCUGAGUCACAUUCAGGACUGGGACUCGCUAAGCGUGCUGCUGCCCGCCGAAGUUAAAGCCAUGGUGUCCCACUUCCGCCAUGCGGCUCCUUCCUCAAAUCCUGUGCCGGACUCUCAGCAACAGCGGGGGAUCCUGCGCAAGCUUUCAGAUGAGGCCAACAGCCGGCCAAGGAGUCAGUGUGAUACCCUCGCCGCAGACGCCGACAGGAUGUCCACAGGCACGGGCGGCUCAAUCGAGUUCCCUAACCGCCGCCACUCGCUGCAGGACUAUCGGCGGCUCCUAAAGGGCCUCCCUGACCUGGAUGGCCUGCUUCCACCCUGUCCAAACCUGGCCUGCAGUGGAGGCUUGCAGCGUGACAGCUCAUUGCCCCUCUCCCGGACCAACUCGGAGGGGUCAUGGCGGCGUGCCGGAGGCCGGAACGCAAGGCGCUCUGCACCUCUGGCAGCUACCUGCUCAUCGUGUCGAGCCAAGAAGGCGGUGAGCUUCAGCGAGGACCUGAACGUUCACACAAAUGACACACGGUCCAUGCGAGGAGCCUUCUGCAAGUGCACGUGUGGCUCAAGUCCUACGACGAACUAUGGUUCGUUGGAACGACCGUCAAGGAAAAUGACGCUAUUGUUUGGUGGUAGCCAGGAUGACCAGCAUGCUCCACAUGAGUUUGCUCUGUCACCCAAAGGCCUCUCCCCAUCGUGGGGUAUGUCACCCUUGUCCAGAAGCCAGCGAGAGCUCGUUGAGCAGAAAAAGGGUCUUUUGGACAACACAGUGAGGUCUAUAAGACAGGUCCUCGACUGCUACAACACAGAAAAGGAAUCCCAGCCUGCUGUGGGUGGUGGGGCUGAACCGUGCCUGUCUGAAGGCAGUGCCUGCGGCCGCCUUGCAAUUGAGUUCCUGGUACCUGCGCUUCGGGAGCUGCUCUCCGAUGGAUUACUGCCCCACGUGCGGGGCGUGUUUGGUCGCCUACCCAACUCACUCUGGCACCUGGCACACUCCCUCAGCCAAGCCAAGGAGGGACGAAAAGAAGUCCAAGAGCUGGUAGAGUACAUCGAGCAGGCUGACACUGCUUUCCAUGGUGACGGGGAGAAAUUCGGUGCCUGUUUGCUCGGUCUACUAAACCUGGGCUGUCUGGACACUUGGUUCCUGACGCUGCUGUCCAGCCCACAGAUACUGCAGAAGCACUACCAGACGUCUGCCGCUUUUGUGCCGCUUCUCUCGCAUCCCAGCCUGUUCUUCCUGCGCGAAGAGCUUGCCUGCAGCUUGCGCUCCCUCUCCGAGCUUCCCUUUGGCUUCAGCCUGAGCUUCGCCCUGGGUGGCGAAGCGCAGAGCCUGAAGGACGCCAAACCCGCCUCCCGCAAAUCCCCCUGCCUCAAGAGCCCCCCCAGCAUGGGCUCCCCCUGCACCCCUAGUGAUGAGAACGGCAUCUACGAUGAGAGCGAUGACCUCCGCACUGUCACUUGCCAGAGCUUGGUUGACUCGUCUUCGCUGGAAGAGACGCUAGACAACUCGUCGCGCGUCCUCGAACUGCAGAAGAAGCUGAAAGGCGGCCCUGCAGUGGCCAGCAGUGGUCUGGGAGGGACCAAGGCUAUCUACCCUGCAAUGCAGAAGGUGCAAGGAAGUGCAGAGGAGAUGCAACGUUUCCGUCAGCUGCGUAAUCACUGGGAGCAGAUGUCCCAUGCGUCACCCAGUUCGGCGGAGGCAGCUAGUACCGCCACCGCUGCAUCUUCUGCAAAACCCACUUCGCCAACAAAGCUCCCGUCACCCACAAAGAUGAUCCGCAAGCCCACUGUGACAAGUGGUGCAGCAACCACGGGUGCUGUUAAGAAGAGCGGCGUACCGUCUGCCGACAACCGCCGCCUUGUGCCACGUGGUGCCACCCCUGGCUCCCGGACCCCGAGCCCUAAUAUCUCGGCCGGCAGUGGGCGACCGCAGCAGCAGCAACAGCGCCGGUCUUUGAUACCAGUGCACCGGGGAUGGAAGAAGCCGGCUGCCCGAGCGACCCCCACCACUGACUGAGCCAAAUAAACCCGGGGCAGUCGCUGAUGAGUCAUCAGAAAGGCCCGGCGAGAGCUCUCCAACCUUCUCGAGGCAAUUUUCCACAGGCCUUUACAAAUUCUACAUCAUCCACCAGUCUCCUGAAGUAGUCUGAGCCCGGUUUCUCUGUUUGAGCUUUGUUAUUCUGCAGUGUAUCUGAUGUGUAUUGUGCCGCCAGUUUCGAUCUAACCCCUUCAUCAAUGUCCCCUCCCUCCCAUUUUCUUAUUCUUGUUUUUGCUGCAGAAGUGUUCACGUGCAGUCGUUUUGAUGGCUGUACGUGUGACCCUCGUGUUGUGGUCAAAUUCAUGCGUCACGUAUGUGGGCCCAACAUUCAGUUUACGUAGUGUGGCCUUCUCUACAUUAGCAUUUGAGACAAUUUGAACGUUCUGUUCUUUCGCGAGCAUCAACAGGCCUCAGAUGUGGUAUGUACAGAUAUUUUUGUGCUUCAGGACUUCCGGGAACAUUUUCUUUUUUUUUGCGCGAUGACACCCCGUGAAAACAAGCUACUAUACAUACCAUAUCUUAAAGUCGGCACGGCUUGUUGUUGGCGCUGAUGACGCACCCUGUUCGAACAGUUGCAUGUGAGGCUGUUGUACUCGAGGGAUUAUGAGGCAAGACCUGAGUGACUGUGUUGCUCUUUUAUGCAGACAGUGCGUGGACGCUUUCCUUAUGUGUCGUUUGCGCAUUGUUGUGAGAGACGCAUAGUUGUUCGGCUGAACGAGGCAGCAACAAAAAAAAAAGGAUUAACAUUUCAUGUAUUUAAUGCACACUUGGAAGUGAGGUUUGUGCCGAAGCAUCAUGACAGCUAUGCGAAGUAACACUGAAGAGCAACGUCACCGCAAUGGUGCUUUUGUUUUAAAGUGCGGUAGAACGACAGAUGAAUGUCGGAUAGGCCUAGCCUCCUUAUUCUUUUUUAUUUACUUAUUGCCCACAUUAACAAUACCUUGCUCGCUUGUGUUCGCAUUGCUGUCUUGUUGCGUGCUGUAGUCAUCAAUGUUUCAUCUUUCAAUGUGUGCGUUGUCUAGUCAAGAUUGCAGUCACUUUUGUUCGUGUCUGAGGGUGACGCAUCCAGCGGCACUGGACAUGCCAGCCUGCUGGUGCGCUCGUGCUUUUGACAUCUGUUGCGUUUGUUACAGUUUAUCGUGCCUCUCGUUUUUUUUUUUGGUUGUUGAUCGUUUUUAUGAAUGCGACGGCGUGUGUGCAAUGCACUCGAUGACUGUGCUCGGACCAGCUAGUUGCCAAAUUUUGAGGAAUUUGUAGCGUAGGCUUUGUGUUGUACGCUUCGCUGCCUGUUUACUGUCGCCUUUGUUUGACUGUGUACGUGAGCCUUCACUUAAGAUGGACGCGGGGAUCACUCUGGUUGCACUGUCGGCGCCGCGCAGUGCAGUGUUUGACUCGUGUAGCGAAAAUUGGGUGGAUUUGGGAAGUGCGAGCAUAAUAACAGCGUUCCACCGUGUGCUGAAGUCUGCGGUAGGUGUUGUAGUCUCUUCAUCCCCUGGAGCUUUAAUUCGCUAGUUGAUUAAAUUUUGUUUCCUCGAGGCCCAUCACUAAUGCAAAAAAUAAUAAUAAAACAGCUUCAAUCUAACUUCCUCUCCAUUCAGACUUUGAGGAGUACCUAACUUACAUAUUUUAUUGCUUUAUUUCCAAGAUCUUCCCUACUCUUUUCUUUUUAAAACACUUAUGCCUUAAGAUUUUUACUUUAAUGUCUCGCUUGUUUGCUCUUUAUUCUAGGAUUAAUUAUUGUUUAGCUCAGAACAGCAUGUCAUGUGCAUACAGUGUCUAGAUGCUAGUGCAUUCGCUAAGGGUUUCACUGCUUGUAUUGUCGUUUUGUACCCAGAAAUGCGUGGAAAGGAGCUUGUGUACCGUUGCCUGUCUCUGCAGAGUGGUGCUGGGCAGCACCGUCUUUGCCGAGCUGGAUUUUCACUUGGAAAGCGUGAGCCCUUAUGGGAAAGGACUGUGGAGAAAUGUAGCUGUGCCUCAGGUUGUUUCGAUCACUAAGCUAGUGUUCAUUCUUUUCAAUCCCCCCCCCCCCUUUCGAUUUUUUUUUUUUGACAGAUGUUACGAAUGCUGCAAGUCUCUUUAUCCGACAGUACUUUCGUGAUCUUUUCUCUCACCUCAAUGUAGACCACUAACUGCCGGUGAUAUAGUGUGGCGCCGGUGUUUUUGUCUUCUGAUUGUAUGCGUUCCAGAUUUACUGAGCUUGUUCGUGUUAUUUAUGAAUAUUUUUGCAGGGACAUAUCCGUUUUAUUUUGGGAGAGCUGUGUGCGUGUUUUUGUUCUGCGAGUUCUCGCGGUGCGCGGAAGCUGACAGGGCCUUGUGUUGUGUAAAUAUGUGCCAGAAAUUGUACGUGUGGGGACCUGUGCUUGACACGUGUACACGUGUGGACGUCAUAUGCGAGAGUUAAGCUUUGAAUGGGCUUGGGAAACUACAUUCCUGAUUACGGUAAUUCUUUUCUUUUUCUUGUGAUGUUUGUAGAUGUAGCCGGUUUCCUGUGCAAUGUAUAUUAAAGGAGGUGACAUGUGUCUCGUACUCGGAAUGGUCGCCCACAAAACUUCCAACAUUGUAUGUUAACCAUGUAAAAUACUCUAUAGAUAUAUGAAACAUGUUCCCCUUCACCUUAUGCAUGAGUUUAGCCUUGUUAAUUGCAAUUUCUUGUGUUGUAACACAGUUUUAGUUAGAAAUCUACCAGCUGUUUGUUGCACAAAUUAUUUCCCUUUGUAACAAAAAGUGCAUAUGAUGAAAUAAAGUGUCAGCGGCAGUAAAAA